CCCACCACACCUACCAGGUGGCCAAUCCGACUCUGCCAGGGACCGUGGUACCUCCCAAUAUCUCAAGUACAACGGUCAGUUUAGCCCGGCAGUGGGAAGAGGAGAAGAAAUUAACUUUUGGAGCAAGCAUUCUGAAUCGAAGUAUUUCAGGUCACGGUCGAACUACCCUACUGGUGUGAGUUUGGGUUCACCUGCCGUCAUGGAACAAGAUUUAAGUCCCGCCCUCAAUCAACAUGCGUGAUGCUUGCUUGAUGUCAUCGGGUAGCAACGGAGAGACGCGGCGAGCGGGCGGUCUGAAGCCGGAGCGCCCACCCGAGGCCGGAGCGAAGUCGGCAGCCCAAGGGUCUGCCCGAAGCCGCAAACGAGCUGGAAGGCCGGGCACGAACGGAGGCCGAGGCGAACGAGCGGUUCUGUUCGCGUGAGGUUAGGCCUGAGCAACUCGGGCCCCGAUUUACUAAGCGGGCUGCAAGCAGUUCAGCACGGCUCUAGGUGAUAACCAUGCUUGUUCCAGUGUUCAGCCUCAAGUUGAACCACAGAAUUAACCCUCGAAUGGUGUCUGUUGGAAAAUAUGAUGGCAUACACCCCUGUUUGACUGCAGCAACGCAGGCUGGAAAGGUCUUUAUACACAACCCACAUAUUCGUAGCCAGCGUGUUGUAGCUAACAAUUUAUUACAAGGUGGCCUGGAUUCCGACACCUACCUCUUAAAUAUAAACCAGAAUGUCAGCUGUCUAACUGCAGGAGUACUUAAUCCCACACUUGGCUAUGACACAUUGCUCGUAGGAACACAGACUAAUCUAUUGGCCUAUGAUGUACAUAACAACAGUGAUGUUUUCUAUAAGGAGGUGGCAGAUGGAGCUAAUGCAGUAGUGCUGGGGCAGCUGGGGGACAUACCCUGCCCACUGGCUAUUAUUGGAGGGAAUUGUACACUCCAAGGUUUCGAUCAGGAAGGAAAUGAUCUUUUCUGGACGGUCACUGGGGAUAAUGUACGAUCGCUGGCUCUCUGUGAUUUUGAUGGUGAUGGGAAGAAGGAGCUUCUGGCUGGUUCAGAGGACUUUGACAUCAGAGUUUUCAAAGAUGAUGAAAUUAUGGCAGAAAUGUCAGAGACAGAAGUUAUCACAGCGCUGUGUCACAUGCGUGGAAGUCGAUUUGGAUAUGCCCUGGCAAAUGGCACUGUAGGAGUAUAUGACCGAGUUACACGCUACUGGAGAAUUAAGUCUAAAAAUCAUGCCAUGAGUAUUCAUGCUUUUGACUUGAACUCGGAUGGUGUUUGUGAGUUGAUCACAGGCUGGUCAAAUGGGAAGAUUGACGCACGCAGUGACCGCACUGGUGAAGUCAUCUUUAAAGAUAACUUUAGCUCCUCUAUUGCUGGAAUUGUGGAGGAAGAUUACAGGAUGGAUGGACAGACACAGCUAAUCUGCUGCUCAACAGAAGGAGAAGUUCGAGGCUACCUGCCUGCCAGCUGGGAGAUGAAAGGAAAUCUGAUGGACAGCAAUGCAGAACAAGAUUUGAUUCGUGAACUGAGCCAACGCAAACAGAAUCUAUUGCUUGAGCUGCGUAACUAUGAGGAAAAUUCAAAGAUUGCCCUGAAUGCUCUUGGAGGGGAAGGGGAUGGACAAAUGGGCAUCAUUCCAGCCAAUACACAACUGCAGACAAGCCUGUCUGUUAACAUGGGCACUGACAACCAGAGUCCACAUGUGGAGUUGAACAUUUCUACAUUCAAUGACACAAUCAUUCGGGCUGUACUUAUCUUCGCCGAAGGUAUAUUUAAUGGAGAGUCUCAUGUCGUUCAUCCCAGUGCACACAAUCUCUCUGGACAUAUCCAGGUUCCCAUUGUUCCACCAAAAGAUGUCCAAGUGGAUCUACACAUCAAGGCUUUUGUGGGCUACAGAAACAGCAUGCAGUUUCAUGUGUUUGAACUGACAAGACAGCUGCCACGAUUUUCAAUGUAUGCACAAUGCACUCCAGGAACUGGUGCUGAACCUCGGAGUUAUGUCACCUUCACAAUCAGUGAUCGUAUGCAGAGGGUUGUGAUGUGGAUAAAUCAGAACUUCCUCUUACCUGAAGAUAUUGAGUGCCCAUCUGCACCAUUGGAAGUCUGCUUCAUAUCCCUGAGAGACAGUGGGCAGCUGAUUAUUAAAAUGAAUAUUAAUGGAGAGGUUGCCAUUAGAACAGAAGAUAUUGACCUUGCUGGUGAAAUAAUCCAGUCUUUGACGUCAUUUCUAGCUAUUGAAGACCUUCAAGUAGAAGCAGACUUCCCUGCCUACUUUGAAGAACUCCACCAGGUGCUAGUCCAGGUGGAUGGUUAUCAUUCUGUGCAUCAAAAACUCACUGCCGAGAUGGCCGAUCACUCUAACCUGGUCCGUAGCUUGUUGAUUCGGGCAGAAGAUGCACGUCUGAUGGGUGACAUGACAAACAUGAAGAAGGGAUACAUGGAACUGAAUGACUUAAAUCGAGAUUUGAUAAAUGGUUACAAGAUUCGCUGUAACAAUCAUACAGAGCUUCUAAGCUGUCUACGAGCAGUAAAUCAGGCAAUCCAGAGGGCUGGACACCUACGAGAGUUACGGAGCACCAGUCCAACGAUCCGCAACAUCCAGCAACGCACCUAUUUAACUCACAGGACAAUUUACAAAGACCAAUUAACCUUCCAAUCUCUUUGGAUGGUGGGAGGAAACCAGAGCACCUAGAGGAAACCCAUACACUCAUGGAAAGGACAUACAGAGGACAUUAGAAUUGAACUCCAGUGCCCAAGCUGUAUAAUAUCAUGCUAAAUGCCACACUACUGUGGUGGCCCACAGGAAAUCUUUUCACUAUAAUGGAUAAUUUGCAAUUUCCUGUUUCAACUACAAUGUAAAGAUAACUGAAUAGGAUACUCAUUAAAUGUGUUUACAAUGCCCACCCUCCCAUCUGACUUCACUAUAUGAGACGCACUGUAUAAUCAAUUGGUUCUUUACUUCAUUUCCAACAGAUCUAUUAGUCAUGGUCAUGGAAUACAUGGUGUUGGAUCCUGCGUUCUGGGUAAUGCCAGACACACGUUAAAAACUUAUUAGAAUGCAAGAAAACACAUGAGUAUUUAUGCCUUCCAUAACUCAAUUGUGAGUAAAUUUCAUUUGCAGGUCAAUAUAUAGUUACAUCCAAAUAUUGCAAAAGAAUGUGCAUUGGCCAUGGGAAGCCAUAGUGAGAAAGAGAACAACUGUAGAUGGAGUAGAGAGCACAGAUGAAUGAGAGCAUGCAGUGGCAAAGGAAUGGAGCUAUAACAUUAAAGACAGACUAUAGCACAAGCAAUAGAAUAGUUUACGAAGAAACAGGAAAUGGGUACCUGCUCCACCACUCAGUCGUCUAUCCACUAAAUAUGCAACUGAGCGUGAAAUAAGGAGGUAGGAAACGCAGCAUUACAGUCUACAUCAAGAGGAAAACAGACUCACAUCCAACUCAUACAGGAACACACACGAGUACAUAUGCUCUCAACCAACUAAGGCAUCUCUAAGACGUGUAUGGUCUUUAAGUUGGUGUCCUGAAUCAGGGCCGCAGUGAUCAAAACCCCAUUUUAUUGGAGUUAUCAAUUAAUUUGUCAAUAUUAUCAUUACAAUCACACAACAUGGAACUUCAGACAGUGUUAUCCGAGCAGCAGGAUAUGCCUAGUCAAAUAGCUCUUUCUUGAAGUUCUGCCAGAGAGCAUUUACUUUCCCAACAUUCAAGUACAUUUCAGGCACCUAACCCAAGAGACCUUUGGUGUCAGUUUGCAAUUACUAGUUCCAAUCUACAAUACUUGAUAAACUUCUAACAAUUCCAAGUGAAAAUAUUACUGCUGAUAAAGAAACACUUACUGAAUUAAUUUGCUAAACUGAAUUCACAAUUUGGACCAUUUACCUUCUGUUACAAAACAGUACAAAAAUGUACUUGGAGUUAUUGUGAUCAACUGGCCCAGCAUGCAUAUUCCAUGUUUCUCAGAUUUCCAUCUCUCAUUUCCUGAGCAUUCUCAGCUCUUGUUUCAGCUCCCUUGGCCCCACUUAUUCCUUAAACUUUGCUGGCUGUUGUUCCACCCAUCUUUGGUUUAGUGUCUGUUUUUAAAGAGUAUAUCAAACUUACAGUUCUCCCAGCAAAAUGUACUCCAUUCUUUUAAAAUACCCUGGAUAUUUUGCAUUUGCGGUAGAGUAUAAGUUAUCACUUCCACCCUUCUGUUUAAAAACGGUCAACCACUACUUACCACUUCAUAUGGCAACUACAAGUCUGUCCUGAGUCUCCAGUACAUUGCUUUAAUGGAUUACUUGGAGGUAAGGGGAAAUUUUGAGCCUACUGGUCUCCUGCUCUUGCAGUAUGCUUUUUCUUACAGUGUGCUUGCAGGUGCAGUUGUCCACUAGAAAGGUGGCCCUUAGCUGAUGAAACAAGUCCAGCAUAGUAGUCUGUCUGUUGUCAUCCCCACAGUGACAACCAUUUAUCUCCUGAUCUCAGGCUUACUGACUCUCAAAGCUUAAAUGCCUUGCCUUGUGAGCAUCAUUGCUAAACAGAAAUUUAUUUUAACACUAACACUUCGCAUACAAACAAUAAAAAUACAUUUAUGUUAAUGAAUUAAGUUAAAUAAAAAGGAGAUUAAUGUCUAUUAUUUGUUCUAUUGCCUUUUCUUCCCACUUUUUCUGAGAGACCCAGCCACUGAACCAGUGCCUGCUUAACUUGGUACAAAUCCAUUGAGCGUAUUGAAAUCCAUUGGAAGAAAGAGUCCAGAAUUUGUAAUUUGAUUAAACACAGUUGAUUGUUUUUGUAAUAUUUUUAGUCUUUAAAAUACCACAUUUAUUUUGGAUGAAAUGUAGGUCUUUCUGAAUUGUUAUUAAAGGUAAUUUCACUUUUGAUUAU